UUCCACCCUGCCUCGUGUCCUCCGUCCACCCAUCUACCCGGUAAUGAAUGGAGAGACGGUAAAGCGUGAGUCAGUGACGUUUGCGAGUGACGUCACGGUGCGGCAAAUAAGAUACCCUACCAUGGUGAUGCGGGAGCCAGUCUGGGUGAGGACAGGGAACGGUGAAGGUGGCAGCCCCGCUAGCCAGAAACAUGACCCGGUCCCCAGCCAAGAGAGGAAGUGGUGGGUGGCGGUGCGAGGGCGUGGUGGCGUGGGCGGCGCUGGUGGGCUUGGUGGGCGUGGCGCUGAUGCCCUUCCCCACGGCUGCCCAGUACGGACCAGGCACCUAUUCAGACCUUCAGGGGGACUAUUGCAGGAAGAGGUUGGGACCAUCUGGCCGGUGUUGUCCUGGUCGCUACGAUGACUGCUCCGUGCCUAUCCACCGUACUCUCUGCUACUGUGACGAGUUCUGUGACAGGUCCGUCAAUCCAGACUGCUGCCCCGAUUACUGGGAGGUGUGUAGGGAAGCGCCGCCACCGCUAACUCAAGGUUGCACCAAGGAUGGCAUCAACAUCCUCAGCGGAACGUACUCCAUGUUCAACUGCAAAAAGUGCAUGUGUCAAAAUGGGAGGCUGGACUGCGAAGACGACGCCUGCCUGGUGGACGAGGAGGUGGUCAGUCAAGUGAACUCCAACCCACGACGCUACGGUUGGACUGCCACUAAUUACAGUGAAUUCUGGGGGAGGAAGGCGAAGGAAGGCAUGGUGCUAAGGACUGGAACACUGAACCCCGAGGCACUGUCGAUGAAGAUGUACCCGAUCCUGCUGCGACCGGACCUACGCCGCAUCCCGAGGCAGUUCGACGCGCGGUUCAAGCGGGAAUGGCGAGGAAAGAUCAGCAAGGUGCGAGACCAGGGUUGGUGCGGCGCCUCCUGGGCUUUCUCUACCCUGGGAGUCGCGCAAGACAGGCUGUCGGUGGAGUCCCAAGGCAACGAGAGCGUGACCCUGGCCCCUCAACACCUUCUCAGCUGUGACCGGCGGGGACAGAGCGGCUGCAAGGGAGGACAUGUGGACCGGGCGUGGCAGUACCUCCGCAGGAUCGGUGUGGUGAAUGAAGGAUGCUUCCUCUACGAGAGCGGCACGUCGGGGAAGGUGCCAAAGUGCCGCAUACCACGAGGAGCCAACCUGAUGAACCUACGCUGCGCCAACGACGAGUCUGUGUACAAGCGCCGCGAGCUCUACAGGAUGGAGCCUGCUUACCGUAUCUCGGGGAAGGAAGAAGACAUCCAGUGGGAGAUCAUGACAGGCGGCCCUGUGCAAGCCAUGAUGAAGGUGCACAAAGACCUGUUCAUGUACCAGCGGGGCGUGUACGCCACGUCAGGCCUCACGCGGGAGGAGCCCGUCAGCCACUCUGUCAGGAUCCUGGGCUGGGGAGAGGAGGACACUGGCUACGGUCAGCCCACCAAGUACUGGCUGGCGGCCAACUCGUGGGGGACGGAGUGGGGCGAGAACGGUUUCUUCAGGAUCAGGCGCGGCUACAACGAGUCAGACAUCGAGACCUUCGUGCUGGCGGUGCGUGCUCGCCUCAACGACUACGACAGGAGGCGGGGCGGGCGACGGAGGUUGGGGCGACACACACAGCGGCGCCACCACAGCUCCAAACGUCACCACUAGAGGGUGUAAGGGCGUGAGGAAGGCCGUGUCAGGUCUUCCAGCUCCUCGACUCACGCUCUACUUAUUCCCAUCAGUGUCUUGUACUCAGUCCGUGGGAAUAUCUCAUUUUCUCUGAUUUCUCGCCAUGAUGCCGUCUGCCGUGUUGGAGAUGACUUCUGCUCGGGGAAAGGACAUGGCAGCGCAUUUUUGUUCUAUAUUGUUACCCUUCUUAUUGAAAUAUUUUCUAAUGAUUUUCUUGUGUUAUUAUUAUUAUUAUUAUUAUUAUUAUUAUUAUUAUUAUUAUUAUUAUUAUUAUUAUUAUUAUUAUUAUUAUUAUUAUCAUUAUUAUUAUUAUUAUUAUUAUUGUUAUUAUUAUUAUCAUGAUCAUUAUUAUUUUGUUGUAUAUCUUUGCCAUUAUUUACUUGCCACCCUUCAUUUGUCAGUGUCUUGUUGACGUGUCUUGGGAUUUUCUCAUUGGUACUUUGUCCUCCUGUCUUGCCCCGGGACGCCGUCUGCAGUGUAGAACUGGUGGCUUCAUGCAAAGGGCCAAAGACAUAGUAGCGUGUGGAAUUCUUAUUGUUAUUACUAGUGUUAUUGAGAGAAUUAUUGUUAUUAUUAUUAUUAUUGUUAUUAUUAUUAUUAUUAUUAUUAUUAUUAUUAUUAUUAUUAUUAUUAUUAUUAUUGUUUUUAUUAUUAUUAUUAUUAUUAUUAUUAUUAUUAUUAUUAUUGUGAUUAUUAUUAUUAUUAUUAUCAUUAUUAUUAUUAUUAUUAUUAUUAUUAUUAUUAUUAUUAUUAUUAUUAUUAUUAUUAUUAUUAUUGAUAUUUCACUUGUUUUUAUUUGUUUUGUAUAUCACUGUUAUCAUUUACUCUUCACCCAUUGUCUGUUGAAUCCAUCGUGAAGUCUUUGGGUUCGUCACACCACCAAGCUAAAAGAGAAAUUCAACUUGCAUUCGAGCCUAACCUUAGAGGGACGCCACAGGUGAACCUCAAGCCAAGAGCCAACACUGCCACACUUGCUCAUACGAGGCUUCUCAGACCACCACCUGUCCACCAGCGCCUCACUGCCCUCCUGGCGAGGCGGCAGGGGCAGCGACGGAUGGAGCCUCGGCAGUGUGGGCAGGAAAGGCCGUCUUGUUCAAGACUUUAGCGCGGAUUCAGGAACGCCUGGAUCUCUCACCACGACUUUUUUCCAAGGACACAGGGAUGAUAUCCCAGAUUCUCAAUAGAGUUACUCAUUACAAUAACAAAAAAAUCUUGUUAGUUUGUCACAAAAAUCGUGAAAACCUCUUUUAAAAACACGUGUAGCCUCAACAAGUGCCUUUUGAGAGCAGUGAAAAUGCUCGCAGAAAUUUAGAUUAUGACUACGAAACACACUGGACGGUGUAUCGCGGCUGUCGAAGGCAUUGUUUAGCUACUUGGGGGAUGCUGGUGGUGGUGAUGAUAGAAAUAAGGGAGCUAUUGGUUGACGCUGCUGAGUGCGAGAAGGGAGGGAGGGAUGGGGAAAGAUGAAGGGGAUGAUCUUUUAUCUGUACAUGAGAUUGGCAAGAAGACGGGAAAGGAAAAUAGAGCCAUGAUGUAGACAGAGGUGGGAGGGAAGGUGUUAGGGAGGGGAGGGUGGGAAUAGGGGAAGGAGGAAAGCAAGGCACCAGCAGGAAGAGGACUAUUGUUCGUGGCCUUGAUCACCUCUGUACCAUUGGGGAGCAUCAGACUGUAGAUAGAAAAUAAAUGAUAAGUAAAUAAGAAAUACAAGAGAGCUUUUUUGUAACACGUCGCGUCGUUCGUCAUGUACACGGUGGUCUUUCUUGAGGGAGUCCUGAACGAUGGCAACAGCUACAAGAGAGGAGCCAUGGUGUAAAUAAGUGUCUGUGGUAUUUUACUUGUUGUGGGUCUUCUUUGGGGCGCCUUGCUUGAGUGUAGGUACAUUAGGUCCAGAGACGCGAUCACUAUGAGAGGAAAUGCUGUGUUUGUGAUAGGUUGUCCGAUAUUUAGUGAGCUUACGAUAUGCUUCCCGUAGGAUAAGAGAGCCAACAACACACUGCCACCUUCUAAAGCUUUAACUUCCAUAUUCCGGAGUUUAUAUAGGUUAGCGAACAGUAUUCAUAAUCAUAGUAUUUUUUCCUUAUAGGUAUUUGCUAAGGGUCUUUCCACCAACGUAUACAUGUGGCUGGAUUUUUGUACAUUCAGUAGUUAAAGUUGCAUACGGUCAUUGUAUAGUUACUGUUCAUAUUAAUGUCCCGAGUAACAUGAAUAAGAAGUGAAGUAAAA